AUGUCUGCCGCAACUGAUAAGGCUCGUUACUUUUUGGAAAAAUCAGUUCCUGAGCUGAAAGAGUUUGAGAAGAAGAAGCUUUUCAACAAGGAUGAAAUUACCUCAAUCAUCAAAAAGCGAUCUGACUUCGAGCACAAGUUGAAUGCGCGUGGCGCAAAGCCUAUUGACUUUGUCCGAUAUGUCGAAUAUGAGAUCAACCUAGAUACACUGUGCAAAAAGCGCGCCAAGCGCAUGGGAAUUCGGAAUGCCGGACACAGUGGUCAACGACGCAUUCUAUUUGUUCUUGACCGUGCCACACGCCGAUUCCACGGCGACCUCAACCUCUGGAUCCAAUACAUCGAGUACACCCGGAAACAGAAGGCCUACAAGAAGCUCACCAUGAUUAUGACCGACGCCCUACGAUUCCAUCCGACCAGUGCGGAGCUGUGGAUCUAUGCCGCCAAAUACUCUCUGGAUGAGCAUGCGGAUAUGUCGCAGGCUAGAAGUUAUAUGCAACGUGGUCUACGAUUCUGCAAGGGCGCACGCCUCUUAUGGAUUCAAUAUGCAAAGUUGGAAUUGAUCUACAUCGCUAAGCUGGUGGCUCGUCAACGGAUAUUGGGACUGGACGAAGCCAGCCAGCGACCCAAGGCUGUAGAAUCCGCUGCGCUGGAUAACGAGGCUGACAUGAUUGCGGUCCCUGAGAUCACCGAAGAGGAUAUCAACCCGACAACUGAAGGCGACGAGGUCGACCAACAUGCCCUUGAAACGCUGAAUGCGACACCGGCUCUUAGUGGUGCCAUCCCGCUGGCCAUCUUUGAUUCUGCCAUGAAGAACUUCAAGAACGACGACCAGGUUGGAUUCGAAUUCUAUAAGAUGGUGUCCGAGUUCGAUGAGGUACCGUGUCUCCGCAAGAUCCUGAGUCAUGUGGUAGAGAACAUGAAGGCCCAUAAACCCACCAGCCCACAGACAUUGAUCUGUUACAUCAUGUUCCCUACCACAGGCGUCCGAAUCACAUCCCCAGAAUUCCCUCGUGCCCUGGGAAGUUCGCUUGCGCGUUUGAAGGAGUCGCAGCCGCUCAAUGCCAGCCUUGCACAGGAAGUAGUGAACUGGUUGAAACCACUAUCCGAGGAUGAGGAGAUGGAUCCUUCCCUGAAGAAGGUCAUCCUGUCGACAUUGCGCAAUGCCGAGCGAGUAUUGGCAUAA